CAAAAAGUCAUCUUGUUCAUUAAACGAUAUUUCAUUGUCUUGUCCGAGAUAUUAUUUAGUUUAUACUUUUCGAAAUAAUCUAAAAGAAAACUAGCUUGCAAAAUGUCGAUUAUGGCGUAUAAUGGUGGUUGUCUUGUCGCGAUGCGCGGCAAGAACUGUGUGGCAAUAGCAACUGAUCACCGUUUUGGUGUGCAAGCGCAAACUAUUAGUACAGACUUUGAGAAAGUAUUUCAGGUCAAUCCUCGCACAUUUCUGGGACUUGUUGGUUUACAAACGGAUAUACUGACUGUGCACGAUCGCAUCAUGUUCCGCAAGAAGUUAUAUGAGGAUAGAGAAAACCGUGAAAUGGCACCGGAACCUUUUUCCGCAAUGAUUUCUAAUUUUUUGUAUGAACAUCGUUUCGGCCCAUAUUUUAUCGAACCAGUUAUUGCUGGUCUGCAUCCGAAAACCUUAGAGCCUUUUAUUUGCAACAUGGAUCUUAUUGGUUGUCCAAAUAAACCGGAUGAUUUCGUGGUUGCAGGAACUUGUUCGCAACAACUUUAUGGUAUGUGUGAAACGUUAUGGAAGGAAGACCUAGAACCGGCAGAAUUAUCAGAGGUGAUCUCGCAGGCUAUGGUGAGCGCUUUCGAUCGUGACGCUAUCAGCGGCUGGGGUGCGAGUGUAUAUAUUAUUGAAAAGGAUAAAAUUACAAAAAAACAAAUUAAAACACGUAUGGAUUAAAAUGGAAUUUAAUUUUAACAUUUAUUGGAAAUAAAAUGUUUUAUACCUUUAAAACUAAA